AAUCACAUUCACACCUUUCUACAUUGAUUUCUCACCUUACUUCUCUCACUUUAAUCUCAACAUUGAUCAAAAACAUUAUGCUAUUAUAUUAUACAUAAAAGUUUAUCUCUAAUCAAUGUAUAUCUUUGUACCAUCUUUAAUUAUAUUAUAGAUAGAUUAUGCUAUUUGAUUAAUCUUUGAUUCUUUCUCUCAUCCACAAGACAAACAUUCUAAUGAGAACAUCAACAUUUCGUUUAUGUCUUCUAAUUGUUGUUGUAAUAUGUUUGUUAUUAUUUGGAACAAUUUCAAGAUUGAAUAUUCCAAAUGUUUCUUACUAUGCCACAAUCACAAAUGUACAACAAAACUACAUUAAUGAUCCUAAGAAAAUUCUUGUCUCUAAAGGAAAAGGGUACCCUCCUGUUUUUGCAUAUUGGAUUUUCGGCACGAAAGGAGAGAGUAAGAAGAUGACAAGGUUGUUAAAAGCUAUAUAUCAUCCAAGAAAUCAAUACUUACUUCAACUUGAUGAUUGUUCCUCUGACUCUGAAAGAAUGGAUUUAGCUCUCUAUGUUAAAUCUAAUAUUGUUUUUGAGGAAUUUGGAAAUGUGAAUGUUGUUGGAAAGAGUUAUGCUAUUAAUAAGAUGGGAUCUUCUUCACUUUCUGCUUCUCUUCAUGCUAUUGCUUUGCUUCUUAAAGUCAAUUCAGAUUGGGAUUGGUUCUUCACAUUAAGUGCUUCAGAUUAUCCUCUCAUGACUCAAGAUGAUAUCCUUCAUGCUUUCAUGAUCCUACCAACAAAUAUCAACUUUAUUCAUUACACUAACAAGACACUAAGGAACGAGCAACGAAACAUGAACCAAAUAGUGGUAGACCCAAGUUUACAUGAUGAAAAGAGUAGUUCACUUUACUUUGCUGUUGAGGCCAGAGAUACCCCUGAUGCUUUUAAGAUAUUUCGAGGUUCACCUUGGAUGAUUCUUACAAGAUCUUUUUUGGAGUAUUGUGUAAAUGGAUGGGACAAUUUACCAAGAAAGCUACUAAUGUUUUUCAGCAAUGUAGCUUAUCCUAUGGAAACUUAUUUCCACACAGUCCUAUGUAACUCUCAAGAGUUCAAUAACACAAUAGUAGACAAUAAUCUAAUUUAUAGUCUUUUUGAUAAUGAUCCAUCAGAAUCUCAAUUACUUGAUAUGUCACACUAUGAUACAAUGAUGGAAAUUGGUGCUGCAUUUGCACGUCCAUUUGGUGAAGGUGAACUUGUUCUAGAGAAAAUUGAUGAUUUAGUUCUUAAUAGAACUUUUAAUGGUUUUGUUCAAGGAGAGUGGUGUUCAAAUUCAAAUUUAGAGAUAAAUAAAACUACAAAGGUUUUAGAAAUUGAGGAAGGUAUGUGUUCAAUAUCUGGUAAUAUUGAUGUUGUAAAGCCAGGAUUGUUUGGAAUCAAACUUAGAACUCUAUUAGGUGAAAUUGUUAGUAGUGGAAGAUAUAGAACUAGUCAAUGUCAAUUACAAUUGGUGUGACAAAAAAUGUACAAUGUUGCUUGAAUCACUUUGAAGGUGUGAAUUCAUUUUUAACCAA